CUGCCGCCUCCGGCGGUCAGAAUGGAUAUUACAAGGGGGAGCUUGGAUAAAAUUUCAAGGCCUGCAUCUAGCUCAAGAGCUUAUCCUAAUUGUAGAUCUUUAAAUACAUCUAUGGAGUUAUUAACACCAGAGCCACAUUUGCCAAAGGUUGAUUCACCUGUCAGUUUGGCUGGUAGUCAUCAAAGAGGUAGUCUAGAAGACUGCUGUCUGGAAGAAAACAAAGGUGAUGACAGAGAGAAAUCUGAUGUCAAGGAAGUAAGAACAGAUCAGCAAACCACAGUGGCGAGUACGACCUUUCUUCAGGAGGAGCAUAUGCUGAAUCCCAAUGAGUUGUCAGGAUGUAUCUAUAAUUCAGAUUCUGGAGAUGACAGUACUGAAACAGAGACUUUGAAAUUCUGUGAACCUUCACAAGGAAAACCAAGUAAUGCAAAAGCAGCAAACUCUUCCAACUUGGAAUAUUCUGAAGAAACAGGUGUAGAUCCUCAGAUUCAGGCAGCUAUAAAGAAAAUGAAUAAACUUGACACAAUACUGGCAAAAAAACAUCUUAAGGAGAGAGCAAUUAAAAAACAAGGCAAAGAAAUGAGGGCAAAGCUCUGGAAAGAACUUCAGUCUAUCAGAAUCACUGGAAGCCAUGAGGAGAUAGAAAACACAAAACUUUUUUUAGCUUUGAUCUCAUCAUGGCAGGAUAAAGCUGAUCCCUCCCAUGCUAAAGAAGAUGAAAUAUGUUCUUCAGUAUUUCACACACAAAUUAAUCCAGAAGAUUAUGAUUGCCAUAAACCCCAACAUAAUCAGGAUUAUCCAAGUGAAUUAGAAACAAAUGAAUUUCUUAAUCAAGCAGAAAAAACACAUAGCAAAAGUAAAAACAAUCAGGAUUUCAUUAAAAAGAACAUUGAGCUAGCAAAGGAUUCAGGAAACCAGAUUGUUAUGCUUGAGGGAGAAAGGAAAAGGCUAAUUGAACUAUUGAAAGAUACAGAAGAUGGAAUUGAAUUACAAGGUCUUGAGGAGGAUGUAUCUGGCUGGCUGGCACCAGGAGAAGGGUACACACCUGAACCGAUGGAAUUUCAUCACCUAAAUGAGAUAGACAUUAAGCUUCAAGUACUACUAUCUGAUGGGGAUUUUUCUGCGAUUUCCAGCUCUUGCUCAAAACUUCCAAGCCAGAUUUAUCAGGAGUCUCUGGUUUAUGCAAACAGAAGCCUAGAAGCAGUUCCAGGUGAAAAGGUUCUGCGAGACAACAAGGAACAACGUGAUCAACAAAGUCGUCUCAAAGAAAUAGAUCAUCAGCUGAAAUCCUUUGAGAGAAACCUUACUGAAGAACAAACGGGCCUCUCUGAAGAGCAGCUUAAGACCCUUCUGGAAGAAUGUAUGCAGCCUCAGAGAACAAUAAGCAACGUUACCAUGCCAAAGUCUCAGGAAUCUCUUUCUUUUGGAUUAAGUCCCCCUUGUUACACAAGUCAAGACUCCACUCUUCACUCCACAUCUACUCUUUCCAAAAUGUUAUUUGAAGACCAUAUUGUAGGGAUGUUAACGGCUCAGGAAAAGGCUGGACUUGAAGACAAAAGCUUAUGUGUUAAUGCAGAGAGUGAAAUCCCUGGCUACUAUAUCAGCAAAGCAUUGGCUGAUAGUCACUUAUCAAAGGAUUCACUGGCCCAAACAGAGGAAUCUGAUGACCUAGAAGGUUUACAGAAGAUGGCAGAUAAGAGUAUUACUGAAGGUUACUUUAUGUCAAGAGCACUCAACACAAAAAGGUUGAAGAAACCUUCUUUCUUGGGUGAACCAUUAUAUUGCAUCAGCAUGAACAAUGAGCCAUCCACAGAGGCUGACAUUCUCAGCAUACCACUGCAAACCAAAGGAGGUGAGACUCUUAAGAACCCUUUAGAAUAG